AUGAGUUACGUCCGAGUCCUUUCCGCCGCUACAAUCAAUUCUCAGAAUCACAAUCUCAAUGUCUUAAAUGAUCAUACUAUCGAUCUAACACCAUGGGAUCUUCAAUAUCUCCCAUUUGGAUACAGUCAAAUCGGUCUUAUUUAUCACAAUUCUUCUGAAUUAGAUACAAAAAAUCAAAUCCAGCGUCUUAAAGACUCUCUUUCCUCUACCCUUGAAUUUUUUCCACCCUUCACUGGCCGUCUCAAUAUCACGGAACAUGAAGAUAAUACUAUCUCUUGUUCCAUCAGGUGCAAUAAUGAAGGUGUACUCUUUGUUCAUGCUGCAGCUAAAAAUAUUAGCGUCGGCGAUAUCCUUGAACCAACUUAUCUUCCGGCCAUCUUUUAUUCAUUUUUUCAAUUUAAUGGAGUUAAGAACUAUGAAGGCACAUCAAACCCAUUACUUGCGGUCCAAGUGACGGAUUUAGCCGAUGGUAUUGUUAUUGGCUGCUCAAUUAGUCAUGUGGUCGUUGAUGGUACCUCACUUUGGCAUUUCAUCAACUCAUGGGCUAGAAUCUCAAAGGGAAAUUUCGAAAUUUCCAAAAUUUCAUCUUUUGAACGAUGGUUUCCAAGUGGUAUUCAACGUCCGAUUCAAUUUCAUUUCCCAAUGCAACCACGGUAUAAUCUCUUUAGUAAUCAAAAUGAUAAAGAAGAAAAACUCAACACACCGAUGUCUGAGAGAUUAUUUCAUUUCUCAAAAGAGAAUAUUGCAAAACUAAAAUCCCAAGCAAAUUUAGAAGCGGGUACAACAAGAAUUUCUUCUUUGCAAGCAGUUUUAACUCACGUUUGGCGCUCUAUUAUACGUUCCAAAAACCUUGAUAUGCAAGAAGAACUGAAUUUUGUGAUGGAUAUAGGCGUUAGACCAAGGUUUAUUCCUCCGUUGCAAGAGAGAUAUUUUGGUAAUGCUGUGAUGGAGUGUGUAGUUACCAUGAAAGUCGGUGAAUUGUUGGAAGACGGUGGACUUGGCAAAGGUGCUUUGAAGAUGAACAAGAUGAUUUCUCUACACUCUGACGAGAAGUUAAAAAAUCAUUACAAAGAUUGGUUAAUUGCACCGAGUUUUGUUUUUAACGACGGUAAUGUGGCAAAUAGUAAUGCAAUGGCGAUUGGUAGUUCGCCAUGGUUUGAUGUUUACGAAAAUGAUUUUGGUUGGGGAAAGCCUGUGGCGGUACGAAAUGGAGGUGCAAAUAAAAGAAAUGGAAAAAUUUAUGUGUCGGCUGGUGUUGAAGAAGGUAGUAUAAAUCUUGAAGUUUGUCUUCCUUAUGAAAUUUUAGAGGCAAUUGGAAAUGAUUCUGAGUUUAAGAUUAGCUAG